AUGGCCUCCACGGGAUACGGCGAGGAUGAUGAUCCCGCCCUGAACGACUACGCCAACGAUGACGACCCCUCUCAGAUGUCCACACAGGAUGCCUCCCCCGCAGAUCCCAAGCUGGCCCAGUCCUUGCCGAUGCAAAAGCGCCGGCGAGUAGGGCGGGCGUGCGAUGAGUGUCGUCGAAAGAAGAUCAAGUGCGACGGCAAACAGCCCUGUACACACUGUACCGUCUACAGUUACGAGUGCACAUAUGACCAGCCCUCCAACCGUCGUCGAAACCCCGCUCCGCAGUAUGUCGAAGCUCUCGAAGCCCGCAUGCACAAGGCCGAGGCCCUGCUCCGAAGUAUACUCCCCGACAUAAAUCUCAACGACCCUCAACUCGACAUCCCGGCGACAGAGCAGCGACUGUUGGCGGCCCAGAAAGAGAAGCAGGCGGCUGGGCUUGCGCCCAAGCCAUCCGCGGGGUCAACAGCACCCCCAGCCGAGACCGGCCCAGAAGGAGGAGAGGAAUCGCUGCUAGAGACGAUGGUAGAUAACUCAGGUUGCCUCGACCGCGACGAUCAAGGACACUGGGAUUAUCAUGGGCACACCUCGGGCAUUAUCUUCGUUCGCCGUCUCCGCAAACAACUCGGUGCGGCAGAUGUGCCUAUCAACCGACCGCGCGGGAUGACGCAGAUGCUCGAAAGCCCCAAGUCCGUAUCGGAAUCGCCCCAGGAUGCUUCGUUGACCCCCACGCACGAUCUGCCGCCGCGAGCGGUUGCCCGCCGCCUGUGUCACAAUGCGAUCGAUCAUGCAUGCUCGUUGAUGCGUUUUGUGCAUGAACCGUCCUUUUUCGCCGAUCUCGAGCGCAUCUACGACGUGGCCCCGGAGCAAUACACCAAUGAGGAAAACUCAUUUGUCCCACUCUUGUAUAUCGUGAUGGCUGUUGGGUGCUUGUUCUCCGAUGAUGGGGCUGGCACUUUGGACCUUGCUGGAUAUGAGGGGGCCAUUGGUCAAGGUUUCCAAUUCUUCAAGGCAGGCCGACAGUUGCUGGAGGUGACUGAUUGUCGCGAUUUGACAUCGCUCCAGGCCAUCUGCUUCAUGAUCCUCUUCCUCCAGUCCUCAGCCAAGCUGAGCACUUGCUAUUCCUACGUCGGAAUUGCUCUCCGAUCAGCACUUCGAUUGGGCUUGCACCGGUCGGUAGCAGCCGAUUUCAACCCGAUCGAAAAGGAGUUGCGCAAGCGCAUCUUCUGGGUGGUUCGCAAGAUGGAUGUCUACGUCAGCACGCUCCUGGGUCUUCCCCAAAUGCUGAGCGACGACGACAUCGAUCAGGAGUAUCCGAUGGAAGUGGAUGGCGAUUUCAUCACUUCGCAAGGUAUCACGCAGAUGCCUUCAGACUACACCCCGCUCAUGGCUGGAUGUAACGCGCACACUCGUCUGUGCAAUGUAAUCUUGAAGGUCGUGAAAUAUAUCUACCCUGUGAAGAAUGCUCGCCAUCGCUCGAAAUCCGAUCAGCGGUAUAUGGUCAGCCACUCGAAGAUUCGUGAAAUCGAGCGCGAUCUGCAAACGUGGAUGGAGGAAUUGCCGCCAGCUUUGAGGCCGGGCACUGAGGUGUCCCCACAAUUGGAACGAAUCCGCCAACUCCUGCGUAUUAGCUAUGCGCACGUGCAAAUGGUAAUGUACCGUCCAUUCCUACACUACGUAUCGGGUGGUUCACAAGCCCGAGGCGUGGACAAGCGCUCCUAUGCUUGUGCAGCAGCCUGUGUCAGUGUGUCUCGAAACAUUGUUCACAUUACGACCGGAAUGCAUAAGAGGGCUCUGCUCAAUGGAUCCUUCUGGUUCACCAUGUAUACCACCUACUUUGCCAUUCUGUCUUUGAUAUUCUUUGUUGUCGAGAACCCCGACUCGCCUACAGCCAAGGAUGGUGUCCUCAAGGAUGCCAUGGAGGGCAAGAAUACUCUGGCUGGCUUAGCCAAGAAGAGCAUGGCGGCCGAUCGGUGCUCUCAGAGCCUGAACUGUCUCUUCAAAACCCUGCCGGAGAUGUUGAAGAACCGUCAGAGCACAAAGACCCCGGUCAAUCUGAAGCGACCGGCACCUUCUAAUGUGUCUGCUGAGCCCGAAUUUGGUCAGAACCAGCAGGAGCAAAUGACCAUACCCCACCGCUCGAGCACAUUCCCAACCCAGAUGAUAUCUCAGCCGAAGCUCGACCCUUCAAGCCGUCGACAGAAGAGUAUGGACACUACACAGUUCAGCAAUCUGCCCAGCGACAAUGGCACGCAGUCAUCUUGGAUGGCAAACACGCCAGAGCUGUUGACGGAGACUAUGUCUACACCGGAGCCGAGCUCCGCGACAACCAUGAAUCCUUCCUUUUCCGCCCAAGAUUCUGGUCUGGCAUGGGCUCAGCAAUUUAGCAACCCGGAAAACCUCCCCGAUCUUAUGCCGAUGAUGUUCCCGUCCGAUGAUCCAUUUGCUUAUCCCACACAACCCAUGUCUACCCUAGAGGACGACCACUUCCGGCAUGAUCAAUCAGGCAUGUCACAGACACCUUUCCCCUUCGAGAAGCCUACAGGGAUACCACCGAACACACCCAGCGAUCCGAGCAUGGCCUCCCCCGGCUUUGAGGCCUUCAACAACCUCUCUAUGGGCCCUAUGCACGGAGCCCCUGGUGGUGUCAAAUCCUCGAUACCUAGUCGCCUUCAGGCUAACAACAACAACCUCUCCAUGAAUUCUUCACGGAUACACUCGCCCAUAUCGCAGGGUCAAACCCCCAGUGAAGCCCUCAGCAGCCCUGAUCUGGUAUCAAUCCCCAAUCAGAACUUCGUGUGGCAAGGAUACAACUUCCAGCCUACAAAUGUUGUCCCCGAACAGCAGCCGGCAAUACCACAAGACACUUCAGCCCCGAAUGGGCUACAAGAUUUCAGCAUGGGCUUGGAUGAGAAUACCAUGGGCAUGAAUAUGGACCUGGGUAUUUCUUUCGAUGAUCUCUUCGGGAAUAACGCUGGUCGUCCCGGAAAUGCAAAUUCCAGCGAUGACUGGUCUCAGUGGAUGAACACCGGCGUUUAG